GCGAGCGUCGUGAAAGCGCGAGGGUUGCGCGACGGCCGCGGUGUCGCAAAAGUCUGGCAAGGACGGCGGCGAGAGGCAGCCAUGCCAGUUCUUGAUCUCCAAAACCAGCUGGGACUUAACCUAGACAGAUGGAUGCUCCACCAGAGCAGCAAGCAGCCCUUCAAGCAGGCCAGUCUGUGCCACACGUUUGAGAAGGACUGGCUGGAGUGUUCAGAGGGCAUCGGGCUGACGCGUGCCAAGGAGGAGUGCCGGCUGGAGUUCGAGGACCUGAACGAGUGCGUGACCAGGCGCAAGAUGGUGCAACGCAUGCAAGCCAUCUUGAAGCAGAGGCAGAUAAUGAUUAAGGAGGGGAAAUACACGCCCCCCAACUACGAGAGUGACAAAUGAGAGAUCAACUGCUGAACUUCGGCUGCUGAUCCCCAAGGAGAAAAUGUCCCUUGCGCUCCGGGAGCUGAAGAGCCCUGCUCCUAGUUUAUUGUUAAGGAAUGGUUUAGGUGGAGCCUUUUAUUUCUCUUUGUUUCUAUUCCAG